AUGUCUCUUCCUCUAAGCUCAGAGGAGGAAAACAACUACACCUCCAUCAUCGAUGGCAUCCUUGCGACUGCAGACUUGACCACCAUCACCCGGAAGAAGAUCCGUUUGGGACUAGAGAAGGCUCUUGGCGGCAAGGACUUGAGUGAUCAAAAAAAUGCCAUCAAGGCACUGAUCGAGGAGCGUUUCGAUGCCAUCUCCGGAUCGGGAGACGCCGCCCCCACUGCCGACUCGUAUUCCGCAAGUCCCGCCCCGAAGAGAGAAGCGAACGGUCACGAUGACGACGAGGCAGACGGCGAGAUCGAGGUGUCAAUUGCGCCUGUCAGAAAGAGGCAGAAGCGCGAGGACUCGUCGGAGGACGCGGAUGCCAAACUCGCUGCCGAGCUGCAGGCGCAGGAGAACAGAAUGGCCAGAGGACGGACAACGCGCGGCGGCAAUGGCGCGACCAGCAAAGUAACCAAGAAGAAGAAGGCACCGCGGAAGAAGAGUGACAAGAAGAUUGACGAUAGCGACGUUGAGGACAGCGGGGAGCCGCCGAAGCGCAAGGCCGGCGGGGGUUUCCAGAAACCAUUCAACUUGAGCGAGCCGCUGGCAGAGCUGCUCGGUGAGCCUCAGGUCGUCAAGAAGCUCUGGCAGCACAUCAAGGGGAACGACCUCCAGGACCCCGACAACAAACGGCAGAUUCGUUGCGACGACAAAAUGCACGCCAUUUUCAAGCAAUCUAAGGUGGAUAUGUUUCAGAUGAACAAGAUGAUUGGCGCCCAUCUCUACCCGGUCGAGGAGCAGUAG